CACCGCCACCACCACCACACCGCAGCCCCUCCGAGUCCAGCAUUCUGGCAGUCGCCCACUCCUCGCGACUCUGAAGAUGCCUGUACAGCCGUAGUCGGCCAACGCGUUCUCGCUCUAUCUCCUUCGCGCCAGGAAGCCUGAAAAGCGACACGUUCGCGCCGACUCUUCAACAUGGCCACGGCGGUCAACUCCACGCGCAUCAAUGUCCCGCAAGCCUUUGUUUCCAGCUAUGCGCCGCGGAUACGCACCUAUGGCAACUCCCUGCUCAUGCCUGUGGCUCCCCAAACCAUUAUACCAGCAGCCCGCACCACGAAGCGAGGGACGACCGUGAUCAACUAUGCAGACGACUUUGAAGACGAUAGCAUUGAUGAGUCGGAUGGGCAUUCGCGGCGGGCCACAGGACUGCGCACGGCGCAGCAGCGGAAUGUGCCUGAUCCCAUGGUCGAGAGGGUGAAAGAGCUGGGCAAGGAAAUCUACGCGCCCGUGGACGUGCAAGGCAUUUGGCGGGACUGGAUGGGGAAGCCCAAACGGACGUUGACUGAGAGGCAGAUGCACGUUCAGUCUGCCCUGCCAACCACCCUGAUACCGAUCAAGAUCGAUCUCGAUGUUGCGCCCUUCCGCCCAGAGGCUGCCCUUCCUACACCUCAGAACGCGAAAGACUUUGGCAUUGACGAGAGCUUGCCCGCUUAUAAAGCGCCCGAGCCGACGCCGCAAUACAGACUGAAAGAUACCUUCUUGUGGAACCUGCAUGAGGCUCUGAUUACCCCGGACAUGUUCGCCAAAACUCUGGUGGACGAGCUAGAUUUUCCCGUGAUGCGCAAGAUGAACAUGAUCAACGAGAUUGCUACGCAAAUCCGCAUGCAAUUGGAAGAACACGCGUCGACCGCGCUUCAUCCCCUUUUCCAGCUUGAUGCGGGCCAUACAGUUGCAACUGCUACGAACGCCCCCACGCCGUCCAUACGGCCCGGACUAUCCCGUGAAGAGUCAUCGACACCACUUACAGCAGCAACUCCCAAUGCUCGAUUUCGAGAUGCUCCCUACGCGAAUGGUGUCGAGCCUUCAUCAGACGCACCUACGCCAAUUGCCAACGGUAAUGGUGCUUCAACACCCGCACUUAAUGUUACCGCAACGCCCAUGGCCCGGGACUCAUCGACUUCCUCGGCCAUCAAUCCUGCAGAUUCACAUCGCUGUGUCAUCACCUUGUCCAUCAACAUUCAGAAUCGACUGUACACCGAUAAGUUCGAGUGGUCACUACUGCAUCCUCCCGGCUUUCCAGAGAUCUUUGCACGGCAAACAUGUGCGGAUAUAGGCCUGCCAAGCGAAUGGGUCCCAAUGAUGGCUCACGCGAUAUACGAGGCGAGCUUGCGUUUAAAGAAGGACAUGGUCGACAACAAUGGCACUCUUGCUGGCGUCAUCGGGAGCGGAGUAGAUGGGUGGGGUAUCAUAGAGAACGAAGCAUGCGAGUAUCACGGUACUGCGGAAUCCGCGCUCGGUGUCGGCGCGGGGUGGAGAUUCGACGAAGAUGGUCUAGGCGCGGAUUGGGAACCCAAAAUCGAAGUGUUGAGCAAAGAUGAAAUCGAGAAGCGUGAGGGAGACAGAGAACGGCAGAUCAGGCGUCAAAGAAGAGAAACGGCUCGCUUUACUACGAACCUCACUUUCCAAACACAAAGCAAUGGCCCCAGCGAUUACUUUUCUGGUGGUCUUGGAGCUUCGCAAGCCACGGUCGGCGGCGAGGAUGAGCGCAUGGGACGAGGAGCACGAUCCAAGCAGAAGAGACGGUUUAGGAGUCUGUCUCCCGUCGGUCGUGACACUCCAGAAGUUGCUGGCUUUGGCGGGACAUCUUACCAGCUUUCCGAGGGCGAGCGUCAAUACUGGCAUUGCUCACACUGUUGUAUAUGGGGUUCUGCCAUCUGGGGUGUCCGCGAUGGACCUGCUGGCCCUCGAACACUUUGUAAUAACUGCGGUCUGCUCUACGAGCGAGAUAAGCGUCUGCCGCCAUGGAACGUUCGACUGUUUGCACACGAGAAGAAUCAAGGUUCACGAGAAGCACACAUGCCUCAAUACGCACAACAUGCAGCGCCCCCACGACCCCCUCCCCAUCUACAAUCUGACAUAUCAUCGUUCCCGUUGUCGACGGCAUUACAAACGCCGGCCCGUAAUCGCGAUGAGAGUAUCCACGCACAUUCACACCUCUACACGGGCGCCUCCACCACCGGCGGCCAGGGGCAAAUCAGCGCAAGCACCAUGGCUGACAUCAUCAACUACGCCGAACCCGGGGAAGAUCUGGAUUGGACCAAAGUGUCCGAACCCAGGGAACGAAAACGCCUACAAAAUAUCAUCAACGGACGGAAAUAUCGCGAACGAAGGCUUGCAGCCGAAGGCCACGGUGGCAGUGGUGGCAAUUAUGCUGGUGCUAGUGGAGUCGGCAGCUACCUGAGUACAGGCUAUGGACAACGGCAGAGUUUGCUCGCAGAAAAGGCCACAAGCGUGACACCCAGUAGUGCUUCGUGAGGUGAGGUGAGGUGAGCCAUUGUGCGGGCGCGUGAUUUUGCACCCUCCUCCUCCGCCCCCUCCAUAAGAGAGAAAAGAAAUUGGCGCGAGGUCGUUUGUACAACUACCUACCUACUUGACCUUUAUUACCUAUAUUCGGACCUGGAGACUUUUGUCUGGUUGGUCUGCUGUAAAACCACUAGUUAGUUACCUUACCUUAGGUACUUGGGUACCUGUACUGAGGUACAUUACUAUCAUCGUAUCGCGUCAUCUUUGCAGGCGACGAAGAAGAAAGAAAGAAAGAGAGAAAGAAAGCUAUGCCAUUGCAAUAGGUACUCUCCUACCUUACGCUCGGCUUUUAC